AUGAAUACCUCGGAUAAAAAGAGGCAGAUACCGAUGGCGCCAAUGCCUGCAGCAGGUGUCCCAGGCAAUCUGUUAUCAAGUGUUGCACCACCUACAGAGCUACCUAACUUCAUUACUGCAUCGUCGGUUGCUGCUGUCACCCCUGUUGAUGUGAAAACAAAUGUGGCCAUAACAGUCUCACAACCUGUACCACCUACAGUUCUUAACAGUCAUGCUGCUACAGAUUUAUUACCAGAAAAACAGGAAACAUUUAGUCCAGCAAUACCACCUAAUAAAGGGGAGCCGAUGCUUCCUAUAAGAUCUCCAGAGGAUUCGCAGGCCACACAGUCUCCAGAAUCAUUGCCCGAGUCAACCCCAGAUUUGGAUAAGAUUGGUGACAUUAUGCCAGGCAGCGGCCUUAUUACAUGGAUGAAGGGCGCAGUCUCCACAGGCGGUAUCUUACAACGGGUAGCGGAGAAAGCGAAGAAUUCCGUUGACUCUAUGAUCACCACGCUUGAUCCUCAAAUGAAAGAGUACUUAAGGAGCGGCGGCGACUUAUACGUUGUUGUUGCGUCAGAUAAAGAAAUGAAAGUGUCACCAAUCAGAGAAGCAUUCCAGACAGUUUUCGGGAAAGCGACUGUGGUCGGCCAUCCUGCACAGAGCGACGUGACGGCCGAACAACCAGUGGGAUAUGCGGCUGCUUACGCUGCGGCGAAACAACGGAUCGCACAUAUACGCUCUACUUACGCCGAGGUCACCAACAACGUGCCUGUAGUUGCGGCAGAGAGUUUCCUUCAGGAAACUGUCAGUGACAGGUGGUACGAAGUGUGCCUGGUGGUGGUGUCGCAGCCGUCGCUGGGCAUCGAGCUGCACGUGCAGUCGCAGGGCACGGCCGUGCCGGCGGCCGCCGUGGCCGCGCUGAGCGCCGCCACUGCGCCCGACUACCCGCAUCGCCAGACCGGCUACGCGCUUACCGUCGGAUCUGUCAUGGCCGCCAGUUUGCAGGUAUCACAUACACAAUGGCAAGAAGCGUCAACGGGUGUGAGUAGAAGAGAAAUUCUAUCACUGGCAGCGCGUUCGUUGGCCGGCUCAUACAAAAACUUACUCGCCGUAUCCGCUGCAGAAACUUAA